AUGGGGUGGAAGGGCUGAGCUGGGUCCUGCGACCAGCUGAGCACUUAGCCCAGUGUGCAGGGACCUGGGUGCUGACAAGCCCGGCCUGGGGGACCCUCUCCCUCAUCCGCAGAGGCUCCUCCUCCCUCCUUGGGAAGCCUCUGGCCUCCCCAGCCCAGGCUUCUGGGUCCCCCAGGAAAAGGGGGCCACCGGGAUGGGGGGUGGGCCAGCCUGAGCGUGGGUUCUCUUGUUUCUGGGCAUGGUGCGGCUGUGGCCAUCCUGUUCCUCUCUCUGCCUGUGCCCUCAUCUGUCACCUUGGAACUGUGUGAAGUAGGUCUGGCUUCACCCUGCUUGGCACUCAGCUUUGAGGUCUCAGCACCUCCAGAGCAGGCUCAGCCUGGGUCAGCUCAGUGUCCUGGGGGGUGACCAGGGCGAUGCCCUGCCAUGCAGCCCAGGACUGGGUCAGCAUCGCAGGCUGGCCAGCCCUUUCUUGCCGGGAGGGCAUGGCAGGGGCCCAGCCAGGAGCCCACGUGGUUCCUGUAGCUGGCGUUGCCUCCUUCCUUUACGACCAGGCCGGGGGAAAGCCGGCUCUGAAGCGGCAAGACCCUUGGAACAAGCCUGCCUGGGCGGCAGCCCAGCCCACCCCCAGGCCAGGCCUUCUGCCGCCGUGCCCUAAGGCCCGAGGGGCUGGGGGCUCUCUAGGUCCUGCUGGAGCGGAGUGCCCAGAGGCAGAGCGUGGUCGGCAGGCGCUUAUAGGUCAGCGGGACAGGUCAGAAGGGGUGAAUCUUUGGGGCUGAGCGGACAGGAAGAAGGUGGGACAUAGACUCAGGGCGCCUGGGCUGAGACCAGGGCGCCGAGAGGGGCAGCGCGGGUGACUCAGCCGCCGCGUCUCUCACCUGUGCUCCGGAGCCAAGCGGGAGGUGGGCGGGGCGGCCCACCAGUGGGCGUGGCAGCCGUGGACCGGUCCGCGCCCCGCCCCAGGCGCCUACCCGCGGUCCCGGGACCUCGGCCUCCGGCUCCCCGACGCCGCGCCGUCAACGCCUGGUCCGCCCCGCGCCCCCAUGGCCGGGAAGGCGCUGUCGCUGCUGCCGCCGCUGCUGCUGGCCGCGGCGGGCCUCGCCGGCCUCGCCGGCCUCCUGCUGCUGUGUGUCCCCACCCGCGACAUUCGGGAGCCGCCCGCCCUCAAGUAUGGCAUCGUUCUGGACGCCGGCUCUUCCCACACAUCCAUGUUCAUCUACAAGUGGCCAGCGGACAAAGAGAACGACACAGGCAUCGUGGGCCAGCACAGCUCCUGUGAUGUGCGUGGUGGGGGCAUCUCUAGCUACGCUGACAACCCUUCUGGGGCUGGGCAGAGUCUUGUGGAAUGCCUGAACCAGGCGCUUCGGGAUGUGCCCAAGGAGAGACACGCGGGCACGCCCCUCUACCUGGGAGCCACAGCGGGCAUGCGCCUGCUCAACCUAACCAAUCCAGAGGCUGCGGCCAACGUGCUCGCGUCCGCGACACAGACGCUGACCCAGUAUCCCUUUGACUUCCGUGAUGCCCGCAUCCUCUCAGCCCAGGAUGAGGGGGUGUUUGGCUGGGUGGCCGCCAACUGCCUGCUGGAGAACUUCAUCAAGUAUGGCUGGGUGGGCCAGUGGUUCCGGCCAAGGAAGGGGACGCUGGGGGCCAUGGACCUGGGGGGCGCCUCCACACAGAUCACCUUCGAGACGGCCAGCGCAGCUGAGGAUCCGGCCAAUGAGGUCCAGCUGCGGCUCUACGGCCACAGCUUCCUCUGCUAUGGCUGUGACCAGGUCCUCUGGAGGCUGCUGGCCAGUGCACUCCAGACCCACGGCUUCCACCCCUGCUGGCCGAAGGGCUAUUCCACUCAUGUGCUGCUCCAGGAUGUGUAUGAGUCGCCAUGCACUGCAGCCCAGCGGCCCCAGACCUUCAACAGUAGCGCCAAGUUCAGCCUGUCGGGAAGCAGCGACCCUGCCCUGUGCCGUGGCCUCAUGUCUGAGCUCUUUAACUUCUCCUCCUGCCGCUUCUCUAGACGCUCCUUCAACGGCAUCUUCCAGCCCCCUCUGCCUGGAAAGUUCAUCGCCUUCUCUGCUUUCUUCCACACGGUGGACUUCCUGAGAACUGGGAUGGGGCUGCCCGUGGCAACCCUGCAGCAACUAGAGGCGGCCGUGGUCACCAUCUGCAACCAGACGUGGAGUGAGCUGCAGGCUCAGGCGCCGGGGGAGCGGGCCCGCCUGCCCGACUACUGCGCUGGGGCCACAUUCGUGCAGCCGCUGCUGUGCCGCGGCUACGGCUUCGACGAGCGCACCUUUGGAGGCGUGACCUUCCAGAAGAAAGCCGGGGACACCGCUGUCGGCUGGGCGCUUGGCUACAUGCUGAACCUGACCAACCUGAUCCCCGCCGACCCGCCCGGGCUGCGCAAGGGCACAGACUUCAGCUCUCGGGUCGUCCUCCUUCUGCUAUUCGCCGCCAUGACCCUGGCUGCGUUCGUCCUUCUGCUGAACCGGGCGUGCUCUGCCAAGUCGCCGAGCGCCAUCUAGGGGCGGGUUGGGGGCAGCUGCCCCAGCCCCAAGUCCCCCAUGCCUCACCCCACCCCACACUCAACAUCUCUGUCCCUAAUGAAGCCCGGGAGCAAGGCUCUGGCGACCACGCCAUUUGGCCGGAUCGGCGAAGGCAACCGGCUCCAGCGCCCUCCUGCCCACUCCUGCCUUGGCUUCAUCGCUGGGCCUAGUGUGCCUCCUCCUCUUACUGUGGGUGGGGAUUCAGACACCCCGCAGCCCUCAGCCUGUGAAUGCGGGGUUGGGUCCGCAGGGAAUGGAGUCCUGAGAGUCCCCUCCCACCCCCAGUCUUGGGUUUUAGGGGGAGGGUCAGAGCCCACAAGCUGGGAGCCAGCCCAGCGCCUACUUGUAAAAAUUUUGUAGUAAAAAGUUUUUCAUAGAGCAGUGGAGAGAAUGUCCGUGGGGUGGGGCGUCUCUGCUGUUGCCGGCCCUCCCUCGCUACAGUUAAAAAAAAUUUUUUUUGGCCGCGUUGGGUCUUCGGUGCUGCGCACGGGCUUUCUCUAGUUGCGGCGAGCGGGGGCUACUCUUCGUUGCGGUGUGCGGGCUCUAGGUGCGCGGGCUUCAGUAGUUGUGGCACGCGGGCUUAGUUGCUCCGCGGCAUGUGGGAUCUUCCCGGACCAGGGCUCAAACCCGUGUCCCCUGCAUUGGCAGGCGGAUUCUUAACCACUGAGCCACCAGGGAAGCCCUCCCCGCAGUUGUGUUGGGUGCACAGGCCCCCUCCUGGACCCGAGGGAGGACCCCGGUUGUUUCUACUUCCUUCCUCUCUGGGCCCAGACCUGGGGUGGUGUUGACUGACCCUGGUCUCUUGCUCCAUGGUUGUGGCCUGGAGUAGCUGCCAGUUGGUUGGCCUAAAAGAGUCCCUGAGUCCCUUGAGUCUUCUCUGGCCAGCAGAGCCCCUGCAGCAAUGGCAGAUCUGCAGCAGUGACCUAGGCCAGACUGGAGUCUGGGCCCCGGCCUCGAGCUGGCCUGGGUGCAGGUGCGAAUGGCAGGCCGGAGAGUGAGUGGGCAAGGCAGCUGCCUA